UUUGACCGUUUGUUCCCAGGGUGACAGCUGGCCGGUGAUACCGGUAGUUGAACAGCAGUAACAGGUAAAUAUGCCGGUUCCUAUAAAGGGAGGACCAUCGUUGUAAUCUGUAGAUGACUUAACAAACCGGUACCAGUCCGUCCAGCCGCUGUCGUAAACGGACCAUUAGCUUACCGGGCCAUUAUGUGGGUCUUCGGUUACGGCUCCCUGAUUUGGAAAGUGGACUUCCCGUACGAGGAGAAGAGAGUCGGUUACAUAAAGGGCUUCAGCCGCCGGUUCUGGCAGGGAAGCACCGAUCACCGUGGAGUACCGGGAAAGCCCGGUCGUGUUGUUACUCUGGUAGAGGAUCCUGAGGGGUGCGUUUGGGGCGUGGCCUACAAGCUGCCGACAGGGCAGGAGCAGGAAGUCAAACGCUACCUCGACUAUCGCGAAAAAGGCGGCUACCAGGUCAUCACGGUGACCUUCUACCCCCGUCCCGAGUCCAACCACUCUCCGAGCCUGACGUUGCUCUACAUCGGCAACGACGACAACCCCAACUACCUCGGACCCGCGCCCUUGGAGGACAUAGCCAACCAGAUCCUGAACUCCACCGGUCCGAGUGGGAGAAACACGGAGUACCUGUUCCAGCUGGCUGAGGCAGUCAGGACUAUCAUGCCCGAGGACCCAGACAGACAUCUGUUUUCCCUUGAAGCAAUAGUGCGGGAACGGCUACAAAAGCACCAACAAUCACCAGCCAUAGAAUGUCAAGAUUAAAUAAAACGUGUUGUAGCAGGUAUUUAUUGAGAAGACCACUUUUGUCAAAUGCUGAUGGGGCUGAGAUGUAGGAAAUGAAUCAGGUUUUGUUUUUGAAUCAAAUGUUCAUCUCAAAAGGAUUGUACUAUGGUGAAAUUGAAUGUUUUGAUGUCAAUUUAUAAUUGAAAACACAUUUCACAAGUAAUAAUGGGUUUUGCUGCAUGUUUACAAGACAUUACCAACUCAUGGCUCACAAUAUAUGUUCUUAAUAAAAGCAAAGAAACUAAGAAUUGGCUUUUAUUGAUUAUGUCUUUAAUGUUAAGUAUCGAUCAUUGUUGUUACUUGAUCCCUUUCUACGUAAAAUGUUGUAGAAUUGUAAGUAAAACUCUUCAAAAUGAAACAUUUCCAUCUGAAGUGAUUUUGUAUUUGGUGUAAAAUCAAAUCCCUCCUGUUGGAUUUGUGUGUUACAGUAAGCUCUAAUCAGCACGGCUGCAUAUCCUGAUGGGUGAACACUGUUAAUAUUUACAAAGUAAACUUCAGCAUGUGAAGAUUGCUAUGUUAACAUGCUAAUGUUAGUGCUCAGCUCAAAGCACCGCUGUGACAAAUUGCAGGCUUUCAGAGCAGGAGGGCGAGGGUGGUCUUUCACUGCCAGACAGACUUCAGUCAGCCUUGUUUUUAUGCACUCAAUCACACGCGUUUACAAAUAUACUUCCGUUCUAAUAAU